CAUCCCCACAGCUUGCAGCUGCAGGGAUGCCACAGCGCGGCACCAUAUAAAUACGCGGCACAGGCGUGAGUCGCUGCUUGAGCAAUCAACCGCGAGUGCGUGCGCAAGAGGGUUCAUGGCAAUGGCCAAGAGCGUUGGCGACGUCGUCCAUGGCGCCAACGGCGGUUCAGGACUGGACCCUAAUGAAGGCAACGGCCACGCAGACAUCGAGGCGGGCCGCCGCGCCGGCGCCGUGAGCGUCACCCCGCCGGCUGCGUCAAGGACGCAGCGCCUCGCCUCGCUCGACGUCUUCAGGGGCAUCACCGUCGCGCUGAUGAUCAUCGUGGACGAUGUUGGCGGCGUUGUCCCUGCCAUCAGCCACUCGCCGUGGGACGGUGUGACGCUGGCGGACUUCGUGUUCCCCUUCUUCCUCUUCAUAGUCGGAGUAUCAUUAGCUUUUGCAUACAAGAGAGUGCCAAACAAAGCGCUGGCAACUAAGAAGGCUGUUCUCCGGGCUGCAAAGCUCUUCCUUCUAGGCCUAUUUCUGCAAGGUGGCUUCUUCCACAGCCUCCACGAUCUGACCUACGGAGUCGAUAUUUGGAAAAUACGGUUAAUGGGAGUACUUCAGAGAAUUGCAAUAGCAUACUUAGCGGUGGCACUUUGUGAAAUCUGGCUUAGAGGUGGUGCUGGUGAUGUCGGCUCCGGCGGCUAUGCGUUGAUCAGAAGAUAUCGUCAUCAGCUGUUUGUGGGUUUGGUUCUCAUGGUCACCUACACGGCGCUUUUGUAUGGCAUGUACGUGCCAGACUGGGAGUAUGAGGUCACGUCUCCGGACUCCACUUUGAAGCACUUUCUGCAGGUGGAAUGUGGGGUGAGGGGAGAUACAGGUCCCGGCUGCAACGCCAUUGGCAUGAUCGAUCGACGUGUUCUUGGAAUCCAACAUCUCUACACACGCCCAGUUUACCUCAGAACAACGCAAUGCAGCAUCAACUCGCCUCGAAACGGGUCACUUCCUUCAGACGCCCCGACAUGGUGUGAAGCUCCCUUUGAUCCUGAAGGUCUCCUCAGUUCCCUGAUGGCAAUUGUGACCUGUUUGAUUGGGCUCCAAAUUGGGCAUGUCAUUGUGCACUUCAAGGAGCAUGCCACGAGAAUAAUACAAUGGUCGAUUCCGUCGUUAAGCUUGCUGGUUCUUGGCUUUUUGCUCGACUUAUUUGGGCUGCACUUGAACAAGUCGUUGUACAGUCUGAGCUACACCUGCGUCACCACGGGCACCGCUGGCCUCUUCUUCGCAGGAAUCUAUUUGCUGGUUGACGUGUUUGGUUACAAGAGACCGGCUUUCCCUAUGGAGUGGGUAGGAAAGCAUGCCCUGAUGAUUUUUGUUCUAGUGGCAUGCAACAUCGUCCCAAUGCUGGUACAUGGGUUCUAUUGGAGGGAGCCACAUAACAACCUUUUGAGAUUCGUGGGAAUAGGAGGCUGACCAUCCUGAAGAUCAUGAUUUGGGAGCACAAUAACACGGUUUAAAGUACCUACAAGUUGUAAUGCACAUCUAGACACAGGACCAAGUUUGAGAAUUUGAGAGCCCUAUGCUAAAUUUAGAAAUGGGCCCUACAUGUGCAAAAGUCAACUACCUGUAUGAAAAAGUCAAUCCUGUUCGCUAUAUAAGUUGCCGGUUUGAUUUA